CCGUCCCACGAUAUUUUCCGGCAUACCCGAACUGAAGAUCCUAAAGCAGAUGAUUACCUAUCACGGAUUUCGGCCAUUACCAUCUUAGCAAGUUUACCCCAUUCGUUUACUUUCCGACCUAUCUCAAACCGCCUAUCAAGAUGAAGCUCGCUAUUCUUCUAUCAUUCCUUCUUUGCCUCGCCGUGGCUAGUGCUCAGAUGGCCAUGCCGAUAACAGAGGCAAAGGGCCGUGGCGGCAGGGACAAAGACAAAGGAAAGGGAGGCAAGGGUGAUAAAGAGCCCGUCAGAGGAGGAGCCGCUGCCCUUCAGAACCGUAUCACUGAUCUUCGAAAGAGGGUUGCCGAAGCCAAUGAAACAGUUGUGCCCUUCGAGGGAGGCACACUCAAAGGCUUGGUGGGGCUGCUGAAAGUAAACGAGGCAAUUGUCACCCUUGGAAGUACCAUCGAUGUCAGCACAAAGGCCGCAGAGGCCACCAACGCCCUGCCGGCAAACGAAUCGACUCAGAUCGGCACCCAGUUCCUCGGCCUUCAGCCGGAGAUCAAUAACUUGUUGACUGAGGUUCAAGGCAAGCGCCCAGAAUUCGACAAGGCUGGCUUCCGGAUCUUAGAUGUGAGGAGUCUCAUUCGUGACUCUGUCGUCAUCCAAAAGGACAAGGCCGGUGACUUGGGUGGUGCCUUUACCAAAGCUCUCGACCCGACAUUCCAACCUAUUGCUACACAGAUCAGCGACCAGAUUCAGGGUAACUUCACCGCCGCCAUCGACGAGUACGAUGGCCGCGCUGGGAAGAUCAAGAUCCCAUCCAAGGCCGUUCCCGUGCUCACGGAUCUUCUUGCUGGCGUGGCUAGAGCCCUGGGCGUUGGCGGCAGAAACAAAGCUCUUGCGGGACCUGUCACCGAAGCUGAAGCUGCAUCUAUUCCGGUCACCAAUUAUGCCAGUGCGGAAUCUGCCUUUGCGGAUAUCGGCGCCGCUGAUACACCCGAAGCGAACAUCGCCGCCCAGGAAGCCCUAAGGGGAGGCGAUGACUUUUCCAGACUUGGCCCAGAUGAGAACGACCUACGUGGCAUUCCGCCAUUGGUUCUUGCCGUCCUACGCAGAUACGAGAUUAUCUAA